CUCUCUCUUCCUCUUCCUCAAGCCAAUACAUCACAAACAAUAUAUCUUACAACAGAGAUAAGAUGAGCACUCAAACGAAAAGCGACCGAGGAUGGCAUCUGAUCCAUGUGAGGGUACUGAAGGUAAGUAUGUAUGGCCUGAGCUGUUAGUAGCCGAGGGUAUGGUUGCGGAGGCAACAAUUAAGAGGGAGAAUUCCACUGUCAACAUUGAAAUCGUGGUAGAAGGAACCAUUUUACCAGCAGAUUUCCGAUGUGUAGCUGAUAGGGUUCGAGUUUGGUUCGAUACAGAUGGCUUUGUUACCAGGGAACUUGUAAUUGGUUAAUUAUAUCCAAAUUAUAUAUUGGGCUCUCUUGUAAUCUUCUGUUUGUACUUUCUAUAAUGCAAAAAAGGAGUUGUAGUAUUCUCCAUGCAUUGUAUUGAAA